CUGUUCGGGUUUCUGGUCGGUGUGAAAGGGCUCGGCGAAGGCUUCGAACUGCUCGGCGCCGACGUUCUCGAUGCGAUUUUCGUCGCGACGCGGAACCCGUUCAUGGGUCUGAUCGUGGGCAUUCUCGCCACGACCGUCAUGCAGAGUUCCUCGGUCACGACCGCCGUCAUCGUCGGACUUGUGGCGGCACCUGAGUCACCGUUGCCGCUGGUCAGCGCGGUCCCGAUGAUCAUGGGGGCCAACAUUGGUACGACCGUGACCGCCACGAUCGUCUCGAUGGUGUAUAUGGGGCGGCGCGCCGAGUUCGAGAAGGCGUUUCCCGUGGCCGUCUGCCACGACCUCUUCAACUAUGCGACCGUCGUCGUGCUGCUGCCUCUGGAGCUGGCCACCGGGUAUCUGCGACGGACCGCGGUGACGCUCGCCAGCGUGCUGGAAGGUGCCGGGGGAUACGACUACGAGAGCCCGUUCGCCGGCGCAUUGGCAUUGGCGCUGGCGCCGGUGGAGCGUGCCGCGGCCUGGCUGUUCCCGGUCGAGCAAUUGCAGGGAUUCGUCCUGAUCGCGUUCUCCGGCGGUCUGAUCGUCACGAUGCUGUUCACGCUCGUGAAGGUGAUGCGAUCGCUGGUCCAGACCCGCGUGGAGCACCUGAUCCGGACGGUUCUCGGAUCGAGUGCCGUGCUCUCGAUUCUGACCGGGAUCGUGGUGACAGCGAUGGUCCAGUCGAGCUCCGUGACCACGUCGCUGCUGGUGCCGCUUGGCGCGGCAGGCUUGUUGCGGCUCGAACAGGCGCUGCCGAUCACCAUCGGCGCCAACAUCGGGACCACCGUCACCGCGUUGCUGGCGGCGCUGGCCGUGUCGGGGCCGAACGCCAUCUACGGUCUCCAGAUCGCGCUCGUGCAUCUGGUGUUCAACCUGACCGGCAUGCUCGUGAUCUAUCCUCUGCAGAUCACCCGCCGUGUGCCGCUGGCGUCUGCCCGCUACGUGACAAAAUUGGCGUUGCGAUCCAGGAAAUGGACCAUGUUCUGGGUCGUGGCGCUGUUCUACGGUGUGCCCGCCCUGUUGCUGUUCGUCGACCGGCUGCUGCGUCAAUGA